UGAGAACAGACAGAAGACUUGAAGUGAAAGGUUUGCAAUGGGUAAAUCGGGAAUGAUAUUUUUGUUGAUGACACUCUUUUUUGCAACAAUAAAGAGAGAUGAUGCAGCACGCCAUGCAAAUGUCACAGCAGACUGUGAUAGGCCUGAACGAUGUGAUGUGGAUGGCUUUAAUGACUGGUUGAAAGUGGGCAACGAAUGUGUCAAUUAUUUCAACCAGAAGGACAACUUCUCUGAUGCUGAGCUCAACUGUAGAAAACAAGCCCCUGGUGGACACCUGGUGUCAGUGCAUAGUGAAAAAGCAAACCAUGAAAUAAAUUGCAUUGUGAAGAAUUUAAAUAAAACAGACCUUCGCAUUUGGCUUGGGGGCUAUGAAUUUUUUCAGACUAGCAAGUUUAGUUGGACUGAUGGUUCCAAAUGGGACUUUGACAUCUGGACACCUGGUGAGCCUAACAACAUCUUCAGAAACAACGAGGAUUGUGUGGAGAUGAACUGGAAAGACACCGGCAAGUGGAAUGAUGAUUCUUGUGGGGUCAAGAAAAACUAUGUGUGUGCCUUCAAGCGAAAAUGCAAAUCUAAGCUGCAGACCUAUCUGGAUACCAUUGAAUAA